UCUAUCCAGUUUACAUUUAUUUCAGCUCUGGAUGAAGGCGACAUAGCUCUACUGAAGACUUACGGUGCUGGCCAGUACAGUGCAUCUAUUAAACAAGUUGAAGAUGACAUGGCAAGCAUUGCUAAACGCGUAAAUGAACUAACAGGUAUAAAGGAGUCUGACACAGGGCUGGCACCUCCAGCCUUGUGGGAUUUAGCUGCAGACAAACAGACACUUCAGAGUGAGCAGCCUUUACAAGUCGCCAGAUGUACGAAGAUCAUCAAUGCAGAUUCCGAUGAUGCCAAGUACAUCAUAAAUGUCAAGCAGUUUGCCAAAUUUGUUGUGGAUCUAAGUGACCAAGUGGCACCAACAGACAUUGAAGAGGGAAUGAGAGUAGGUGUUGACAGAAAUAAAUACCAGAUCCACAUUCCACUGCCCCCAAAGAUUGACCCCACAGUCACUAUGAUGCAGGUGGAAGAGAAACCAGAUGUGACAUAUAGCGAUGUUGGUGGCUGCAAGGAGCAGAUAGACAAACUGAGGGAAGUUGUCGAGACGCCGCUGUUGCAUCCGGAAAGGUUUGUGAAUCUCGGAAUAGAACCACCGAAGGGUGUGCUGCUGUUUGGGCCCCCCGGUACAGGCAAGACACUGUGCGCUCGUGCCGUCGCCAACAGAACUGACGCUUGCUUUAUUAGAGUCAUCGGUUCUGAGCUGGUACAGAAGUACGUCGGAGAGGGAGCAAGGAUGGUCCGGGAGCUGUUUGAGAUGGCCCGUGGAAAGAAGGCCUGCAUCGUGUUCUUUGACGAAAUUGAUGCCAUAGGAGGUGAGUGA